AUGUCGUCUUCAGAUGACCUCCAAACCAUCCCUGCUCGCCAUGGUACAGCCACGUUCGUGCCCAAGGGUAGUACGAUCAAGAUUGUAAACACUUCUGGCACUCAAGUUAUAGAUACCUGGGCGUUUGCUUUGCCGACUCCGCCCAAGAAGAAAGGGCCACAAGAGGAACCGCAAAACGACAAGGACAAGAGUUAUCAAGAGCAGGAUGAGAAGGAGAAGCUAAAGCUUGCCGAGGAAGAGGAGAAGAAGAAGAAGCAAGAGGAAGAAAAGAAGAAGCAAGAGGAGGAGGAGAAACAGAGGAAGGAACAAGAAGAAAAAGACAAGGCUAGCAAGAAGAAGAGGAAGUCGCGAGGAAGUUUGGACUUGCCUUCGCAAGAAGAAGCCGAAGCCGCUACUUCUCAGCAACAGCAGUUGGCUGAUGCAGAGGCCAAGCAACAGUCUACCCCGACCAAGGGUGGUUGGACAUCCUACCUUCCUUCUUUGCGCGGAAGAAAGCAAGUCACCGAUGGAAACGCCAAAGACGACAAGAAAGAUGAGGGCGCCACAGAAGAGACGGACAAGAAGCAAGACAAGGAGAACUCGAGGAGAUGGGCUAGCUAUUUGCCCAACGGUCAGGGCGUCACGAGUUACCUACCCAAGGGAGCCAUUUCUGCCUUUGCCGCUCAGCAUGCGCGCGAUCCGUCCAAGUCGUAUGCUGAGCAACUCGCCGACUUUUCUCGAACACCUGUAGGCGCCGCAUCCCUAUCAGCUCUUACGGGUUCUGGAUCCGUUUCAUCUCUUUAUGCUGGCUACAGUGCUUGGAAUGCCAUGCACGGCGAGACCGCUCAGAUGGAGUACCUCAGCAUGCCGCAUACCCGCGCUUCGACUCUCCACAUGGUGCCGCGAGUCAAUGAUGUUCUCGUCUCCAACUUGAGAGAGCCCAUGUUGACUCUCAUCGAAGACACCAGCUCUGGCGUUCACGAUACUCUGAUUCCUGCUUGCGAUCCUCAACGCUACAAGGCUCUACAAAUUGAAGAUUGGGAGCAGCAUGGGUCAUGUGCUGAGAACCUUGUUCUUGCACUCAAAGAACUUAACGACCGAGCUGGCCUCAAGGGACCAAAGGGUGUUGGUGCUUCAGUCACCGUCAACUCGGUCCCAGCACCACUCAACCUCUUCAUGAACAUCCCAUGGAAAGGCGACAAGGGCGAUCUCUCAUUCGAACCUCCCACUUGCAAGGAGGGCGAUUAUGUGCGCUUCAGAGCCGAACGAGAUGUCGUGGUUGUCAUGUCUGCGUGUCCCAACGAUGUGCAACAGAUCAACAAGGGCCAAUCCAAGGACGGCCAUUUCUCGGUUGAGCACGCCGAUGACUCCGAAGACGAGGAAGCACCUGCAGAGGUCAAGAAAGCUGAACCAAAGGCCGAGAAGAAGAAGCCACGCAAGUUAGGUAAAAAGGACGAAACUAAGCCUGAAGACAAGACGAAGAGUGAGAAGCCAGAGGAACCAAAGAAGGGAGAAAAGGCACCUCUGCCCGAAACUCCCGCCGUUGAGAAGUCAGAAGCUGCUUCUUCGCCUGCGCCAAAAUUCAAGGGAAAUGCAAAGAACGACAAGCCUGAAGAGCAGAAGAAGGCUGAAAAGGUACCACUGCCCGAAACGCCUGCGACUGAGAAAUCAGAAGCUGCCUUGUCCCCUGUCGCGCCGAAGCAGCUCAAGGGCAAGCCCAAGAAACUGGCUGACGAGGCGCAGAAAAAGGCAGAGAACACACCGCUUCCCGAGACGCCUGCAACUGAGAAGUCCGAGUCUGCUGUCACUCCUGCUCCCGCAUCGUCUUCUGGCCAGGCUGCACCUAAGCCUAGAGGAAAGCCCAAGAAGUUGAUUGAUUCUACGACCGGCGAGAAGAAGAAGCCUCGCAAGCUGGAAUCGAGAGGGAAAGGUACUGCUACACCAAAGUCCGGAUCUGCUGCAAGCCAACAAGGUGAUGCCACUGCAGGCGCCGAGAAAAAUGGGAGUUGA